AUGGGCGUGAGAGAGCAGACGUCGGCGUCGAGAGCGGAGUUGCGUCCCGAGUGUCCAAUGGAUGAGCAAGUGGCAUUAGAGGAUCGGUAUCCAGAUACUGGAGACGUGUCGGGUGGCACGAGCGCCCCUGGAAAACGAAAGCGUCGAUGGAGGGAGAGCAGUGAGACAGGGAGCAAGCGGCAACUGAAUGGAGCUGCAGGUGCCCUUUGUGAUCACGUACAGAUGCGCGACAAGGAAGCAACAGGUUGUGCAGCCGGUUGGAGCGAGCACGGACUUGUGGAAGACGAGACAAACGGGUGGACGGAGAUGUCAAAUGAAGGCGAAGGAAUGUCGGAUAUGACAGAGCUAGCAGAUGGUCCGGACCCGACGCUUUCUUUACCGUCAGCUAAGGAGGCGGACUGCAGUGCCAAUUGUCGCGUGGAUGGGCUUGAAAAGGUGCAGGGAGUAAGUACGACGGACGACGUUUUAACGGGCGAGGAAGCUGCGUCUUCAACAUUGCCACUCUACUCCCAAGCUGUUUCUAUCUCUGGAAAAGAUACGGUGUGUGCAAACAACAAAGUGCCGAUCAAGUCGUACCCGUCUUCGGGUGACGAAAGCGUGAAGCCGAUGCAUGUGGAGUCAUCACCUCGUCAGUCAAAUUAUACAGUGGAGAAUUCACCACACGCUGGUACAAGUGCCUCUACGUUGACUUCGCUGACACUGGGCAUGCCAGCAGAGGCAACUGACAGUGCUCCGGCGAGACCGGUAUCGUAUGCAGUAGGGGAUUCAGCAACAGCAACGACUGUUAAGCGUGUGAUGGGACGGAGAAAACGGAGCCGAAGAAAGCUGAGCUGUCUAACCUCACAGCGUAGAGCAACAGCGAAAACAAGGCUAGUUGCUGUGCCCGCAGUAUCCGCAUUCGAGGGCAAGCCGGUUGCCACAGCAAGUGGCGACGUAGAUGAAGAUGACAACGAUUUCGACACGGACAGCAAUUUAUCAGCGUCUCCAGUAUAUCCUGCAGUAGACGCAUCGCACUUGUACUCGUCCACCCUAGAAGGUACGCCAUGGCAAUGGGAGAAUACUGAACCCUAUUUCGACCAUCUUGCACAGAGCGAUCUAGAUAACUUGCUGCGAUGGGGUCAGGAAAACGCUGAUUUUGUAGCUGCAAACCCACAAGCAUGGCGCGGUGUGCCGGCGAUCGAAGGCGAGCGUGCAGUAUUAGAAACCAUGGCUGCGAAUGUUUCAUGUGCAUGCACGGCGCACGUGGAGUUUCCCGUUGGUCGGGGACGUAGAUACCUCGACGUGUGGGAGGAAGCAGACUUUUUGCUGCAGCAGAAGCGUGAUGGUUCUGUGAAGGAGGUCAAUAUGACCACUCCUGCAAAGAUGAAAGGCAACCGAAAGGGAGCCAACAUCGCAGAAGAAUCGUUGCUGGUAUCACAUCGUGAUCUAGUCUACGGAUACGACGACGACCUCUUUCGAGAGUUUAGCGAUCGCCUAGCGUGUCGAGCAAAUGUGUGCCAGUUUAAUUCGCACUUGGCCACACCUUUGUCAUCUCUCAUGACACGCCGUGAAAAUGCGACGAGGAAAGUGGGUGAAAAUGAUACGCCGGUGACAGCAGACGAAACUGCAUCUGAUGACCUAGUUCUGCCUAGUUUUCCAAUCCGCCAGUUGCAUCCAGCAUCUUUGGGCCUUUGGAAGCUGCGAACAAAAGUGGAGCCAGAUUUUGCAGUCGUACAUCCUGCGUGUGUAAACCGUUCACAAGUUCCAGCACGCUGGAAAGAAGAGAGGGAGCGUCAUCAGCUAAAGCAGCACGAGAUGCAAUGUCUGCAAGCAGAUGAACUGGCUGAUCUGAACGAUGAAGACGAUAAGGGUGGUGGGCAUGUGGCACGGAACCAACAUCGCGUCACAAUACCAAACUGUAGCGUUUCUGGUGAGCUACCCUCUUUUGGCAACUGUGUAGAAGAUGAUGAAGUUUCGCGGGCAAUCGCUACAUCGAUGAGAACUCUUGUGUCGCUAUCUUUUUCCAAUUGGCGCACUGCUCAGCUCGUGUAUGAAAGAGCAACUUGCAGUAUCCAGUGCGCAUCAAUUUUGGAAGGCGAAGCUGCCACUGCUCGAGAGCUGGAGGAUUUGUUCUUGCAGUUGUGUCCUCCGAGCAACGUCGAUGUCGACGCUGCUGUGCUUCCUGGUAGCCGUCGUCCUUGGGCGUCGCGGAUAACGAGUACGCCUCAUGAUAUGAUUGCGUAUUGCGUACGCAAUGAUGUCCUGGACAGCUGCUCGUUUGCGGUCGCUGCAUCGGUGGAAUUCGCUCUUCGACUGGGUGUGGGAGACGUGGUGGACGUACUUGAUAAAAAUGGGUGUUGGAAGCAUGGCGAAGUCGUGGAAGUCUACUCGGACGACACGUCUGGGGUCGCAAAGUUUUUGCUGAUACGACUUGCAUUGUGUCCUGAUGACACCGUGGAGUGGAUCGCAUCUAGUGAAGGCCGCAUUCUGCCGCAAGGUGUUGCUGACGGCACGCGCUCAUGUUCAGUUGGUCCCACGCGCGCCCAUCGAGUCCGGGUUCGCUUCGAUCAGAGUCUUGCCAGAGAACUCGAGCGCUCGCUGCCGCAUCGACGAACGAAACAGGCGGCCAUUGCUUCACAACUGCUAGCACGAAGACAACAUGAUACUGUUGUACGAACUUCGAAUGAUUUACAAAAGACGCCACAAAAGCGUAAACGGAAACGCCCGGCUAAAUUAUCGAUUGUAGCGACGGCAGCUGAGUCAUGA